UCACAGCUUGGUGUAACUCCCAUUUGAGGAAGGCCGGCACACAGAUUGAGAACAUUGAAGAGGACUUCAGAAAUGGCCUCAAACUUAUGCUGCUGCUGGAGGUCAUCUCAGGUGAGAGGUUGCCCAAACCUGACAAAGGAAAGAUGCGUUUCCACAAGAUCGCCAACGUGAACAAAGCGCUGGACUUCAUCUGCAGCAAGGGAGUCAAGCUGGUGUCUAUUGGUGCUGAAGAAAUUGUUGACGGUAAUGUGAAGAUGACUCUUGGUAUGAUCUGGACCAUCAUCCUGCGUUUCGCCAUCCAGGACAUCUCUGUUGAAGAGACCUCCGCCAAAGAGGGCCUGCUGCUGUGGUGUCAGAGGAAGACCGCCCCCUACAGGAACGUCAACGUGCAGAACUUCCACAUCAGUUGGAAGGAUGGCUUGGCUCUGUGUGCUCUCAUCCACAGACACAGACCUGACCUUAUUGACUACUCCAAACUGAGGAAGGAUGACCCAAUUGGCAACCUGAACACCGCUUUCGAGGUGGCUGAGAAGUUCCUGGACAUCCCUAAGAUGCUUGACGCUGAAGACAUUGUGAACACCCCCAAGCCUGACGAGAAGGCCAUCAUGACCUACGUGUCCUGUUUCUACCACGCCUUCGCCGGCGCUGAGCAGGCCGAGACAGCUGCCAACCGUAUCUGUAAAGUUCUGGCCGUCAACCAGGAGAACGAGAAGCUGAUGGAGGAGUAUGAGAAGCUUGCCAGUGAGCUGCUGGAGUGGAUCCGUCGCACCAUCCCCUGGCUGGAGAACCGCGUGGCUGAGCAGACCAUGCGCUCCAUGCAGCAGAAACUGGAGGACUUCCGUGACUACCGCCGCGUCCACAAGCCCCCACGCGUCCAGGAGAAAUGCCAGCUGGAGAUCAACUUCAACACCCUGCAGACCAAACUGAGGCUCAGCAACAGGCCCGCCUUCAUGCCUUCCGAGGGCAAGAUGGUGUCGGACAUCGCCAACGCCUGGAAGGGUCUGGAGCAGGUGGAGAAGGGUUAUGAGGAGUGGCUGCUGACGGAGAUCCGUCGUCUGGAGAGACUGGAUCACCUGGCGGAGAAGUUCAAGCAGAAGUGCUCUCUGCACGAGGCCUGGACCGCAGGCAAGGAGGACCUGCUGUCACAGAAGGACUACGAGUCAGCCUCCCUGAUGGAGAUCCGAGCUCUGAUGAGGAAACACGAGGCCUUCGAGAGCGACCUGGCCGCUCACCAGGACCGCGUGGAGCAGAUCGCCGCCAUCGCCCAGGAGCUCAAUGAGCUGGACUACCAUGAUGCUGCCACAGUCAACAGCCGCUGCCAGGGCAUCUGUGACCAGUGGGACAACCUGGGGACCCUCACCCAGAAGAGGAGGGAUUCACUGGAGCGUGUGGAGAAGCUGUGGGAGACCAUUGACCAGCUGUACCUUGAGUUUGCCAAGAGGGCGGCGCCCUUCAACAACUGGAUGGACGGAGCCAUGGAGGACCUGCAGGACAUGUUCAUUGUCCACAGCAUCGAGGAGAUCCAGAGUCUGAUCACAGCUCAUGACCAGUUUAAGGCCACACUGCCGGAGGCCGACAAGGAGCGCAUGGCCACCAUGGGCAUCCAGAACGAGAUCCUGAAGAUCGCCCAGACCUACGGCAUCAAGCUGUCUGGGGUCAACCCGUACACCAACCUCACCCCUCAGGACAUCAGCAACAAGUGGGACGCUGUGAAGCACCUUGUGCCCCUCAGAGACCAAAUGCUCCAGGAGGAGGUGGCCAGACAGCAGGCCAACGAGAGGCUGAGACGCCAGUUUGCUGCCCAGGCCAACAUCAUUGGACCCUGGAUCCAAACCAAGAUGGAGGAGAUUGGCCAUGUGUCGGUGGACAUCGCCGGCUCUCUGGAGGAACAGAUGAACAACCUGAAACAGUACGAGCAGAACAUCAUCAACUACAAAUCCAACAUCGACAAGCUGGAGGGAGACCACCAGCUCAGCCAGGAGUCGCUCAUCUUCGACAACAAGCACACCAACUACACCAUGGAGCAUAUCCGUGUGGGUUGGGAACAGCUGCUCACCACUAUCGCCAGAACCAUCAACGAGGUGGAGAACCAGAUUCUGACCCGCGAUGCCAAGGGCAUCAGCCAGGAGCAGCUCAACGAGUUCAGAGCCUCCUUCAACCACUUCGACAGGAAGAGAAACGGCAUGAUGGAUCCUGACGACUUCCGCGCCUGCCUCAUCUCCAUGGGUUACGAUCUGGGUGAGGUGGAGUUUGCUCGCAUCAUGACCCUGGUGGAUGCCAACAACACGGGCGUGGUCACCUUCCAGGCUUUCAUCGACUUCAUGACCCGCGAGACCGCUGAGACCGACACCGCCGAACAGGUCAUGGCCUCCUUCAAGAUCCUGGCCUCCGACAAGGCCUACAUCACGGUGGAGGAGCUCCGUCGGGAGCUGCCCCCAGAGCAGGCAGAGUAUUGCAUCAGCCGCAUGACCCGGUACGUGGGUGCCGAAGGGCCCGCUGGAGCCCUGGACUACAUCUCCUUCUCCAGCGCCCUCUAUGGAGAGAGCGACUUGUAAACAAAGACCCCCCCCCCUCCUCCCCCGUCAUCCUUUGGUCCUGGCCUGCUGUCUCUCUCCAUUGUGGAGAGAGGGAUUUAAACACCCCUCCCAUGUACCCGCUCCCCUCUUUAAGCUUAUUUCUCUUUAAAAAUCUUAUUUUCUUCCCUCUUACCUUUACACACCCCCCCCCCAACACGCUGCCCAGAGAGGGCAAGGGCGGUGGGCUUUGCUCAGACCUCCAAGAGAGCCUGUUUGGGACUGGGGGGCUCUGCCUUCAUUUCCACUAUAUUUCCUUAAAAAAAAUGUAAAAAACAAAAAAAAGAUCAGGAAUGUACCCAGCGUGAGCACGCCGCGGGGGCCUGUCAGACAUAUCAAACAGAACGUGGUGAUGAGGUAGACGAAGAAAGAAAAGCCAGUCAUAAAACCGUGAGUCAUUUUGAGCAAAGCCUCCCGCUCCUCUUCCUCUCUGCCCAUGAUUAUUUUUGUUUUUGUAGAAGGGCAAUUAAAGGAAAAGACGAUGGGAAUAAAAGAGUUUGUUGGUUGGUUGUGUAUUUGUGCAGAUGCCUGCAUGCCGUGUUUCAUGUGUAGUUACGCCGUCUCUGUGAGUCAGUGGAUAUUUUAAAAACCCCCCCCCCUCCCCCCCAACAAGUCCUCAAACUCUUUAACAUCGCAAACGAAUCGCCGCCACUUCCGCCGACGGAGGAAGGAAUCCUCAAAGGACUUGAACCACAGCAGAAACCCCGGCGCUGUGCCGGUCUUCUCUCUGAGCCGUGUCGGUUACGUUACCGUUAGUCUUUAAAUUACUCUGGAAGGGUCGGCAAAUACCCGGUGGGGGAAUGAGAGGCACCCGCUCAAGAUUGGAGCAGAUGUAGUGAGGGUGGCGUCAUGGUGAAGUAGAGUACGAUGAGAGAAACCACGGCUGGUUACAAACGAAUUCAGAAGGACAGACUGGUAAUGGCCAGAUAGAGAGACCCCCCCUCCCACACCUCCCCUCUUUCUCGGCUCCUGAAAGGAAGGAUGGGGGCUGCGCUACCACACACGUCAACCCACGGAGGUGACUUGUGUCGUGGAGGCCAGAGAAAAGUGUGGAGCGGUAGAAGUCGACAGGGCGUCAGAGAAGUGAAUGAUAAAAUAGGAUAAGCGGUGCUGUACUGGAUGUGGGACUGCCGCGGGCCUGUGACAGUAAGCAGGUCAGGUUCUGGUCCCAUUAGAAAAGACGGGUCGGCCAUGUGACGCGAUAAUGGCAGCGUGGCGUCGACUUGUCGCCGUGCGUGGUGACGACGAUUCCCUCAUCGCAUUUGUGAUCCAUUCAGCUCCUCCUCCUCCUCCCCAAGUCCUUCUGUCUAUCAUCGCCGAUGUCACACAUGCUCACUUUCACAACUUCAAAGUUUAAAAAAAAACAAACCGCACCUUGGAAUAAAAAAGGAAGUUCUAUUACUA